AAGAAAGGGGGAAUGAUCUCUCACUUUUUAUACUGCUGUGUGAUAAAGGUCCGAAAAAAAAAGAAGGCCUAAUUUAGAUAAAAGACAACAUGAUUGGACCUUAUCCUUAAACAAAUAUAUGUUAUCGUUCGCCAGGUGACCCUCAUUUUCAUUUACUCACGGGAAAUUGGUUGCUUUUACAAUACAGAAAAAAAGAAAUCAGUUGGCGUGUUUUUUCGAAUGGAUAGCGUUAUCAUUGUUUGGGAACACAAUCAUAAUAGCACGCAGAAUUCAAAACCCAGUUUAUUUAUUUAUUCUUUCUCUCUUUCUCUUUAUGACAGAAAAAACAGCAACAGAAGCUGCCAACGACUUCUUUUUAGAGUUUAGAGCAGAAAGACAAGCGAUCCAAGAUCUUAUUGAACGCUCAAAAGACGUGCCUAAAGUAGAUCUCACGGCUCACUUUAACCACACGUUACAGAAAAUAAACGAUCUUGAAAAAAGUUUGACUAAAGCAACUGCUUAUAUACCUUCUUAUGACGAACGUCAAUUCUUCUUGCAACUUAAACAAUUAAAUCAAAAACUGGAAAGUACAAAAGCAGAAUUGACACCUAAAGCAAAGUUCUCUUUCAAGUCAAGGAAGAAGAAAACAACACCUACUCCUAUUCAACGUGAAACAAUACCAUCAGAAGAGAAUGCAGACCUAUUGUCUGAUGCUACUGUCUUAUUUCAAGAUAAAGAGAAUGUCGUUCUUACUUUAAAAGAUACUAGUUAUCCUGAAAACAAAAGCAUUGAUGUAUUAUUGUCCAAUAUCAAGCAUUGUGUGAUCAUUUUAGAGCAAGAAGGUGUCCAUAUAUCUGCUAUUCAUAUCAAGAAUGUACAUCAUUGUGUUGUAUUUGCAGGGCAAAUAGAAGGAUCAGUGCUUAUGUAUGGCUUGACUCAUUCAGUUUUGUAUGUGGGAUGUCAUCAGUUCCGUAUGCAUGAAGCACAUCAUGUAGAUAUGAUGCUACAUGUCACUAGUCGUCCAAUUAUUGAAGAUUCAAAUGAGAUUCAAGUGGGUUGCUGGAACACAAAUGUAAGUUAUUUUAAUAUACAUCCGAGAGAGACUGAUUGGGAUAAGUCUUCGCAUAAUUACUAUGACCAAAUAGAAGACUUCAAUUGGCUUAAGAAGCAAGCUUCACCUAACUGGAAAGUCAUGAAUCAAGCAAGGGAAAAAACACUGUCUGAUAGCAUAGAUUUGUUUAGAAAGAGAGAAGAAAAUGUAUUAUCUAAAAGAAUAGAAUUAUUACAAUAAAAAAAAGAACUUUAUUUUC